GAGCAGUCGGAGGAGCCCGGGGCCCAGAACUGAAGCAUGGCUUCUUUACCUCAAAACAAUCUUCAGAAGCAGUUAGAAUUAUUUUCUGCAAAGGUUGUUGGGAACAAGCUCUCUCUUCAAAAGUCUAAGCCCAGUGUGUUUACUUUUAAAAAGAAAAGUCCUUCGGAUGGGUCAGCAGUAAAGAACUUCAGUCAUACAAAUCAGCAAGUACCACUAAAGGAUAAAAAUGUAAAUGUUGCCCUAAAACAGUCCUCACUAAAGCACUUAAUAGCACCUUCGAAAGCUAAAGAGACAAGUAAGCUCAAUAUAUUGUUUACACCUGUUCCUGUAAAACCUCCAGAGCCUUCUCCACUACUACAUCCUGCAAAACCUUGCCAGAAAAACUCAAAUGGAAAAAAUGAGACAAGUAAAGGCAAUGGAUUCUUUACACCUGUUUGUGCUAAACCACCAGAGCCUUCUCCACCACUGCAUCCAACAAGAACUGUCCAGCAAAGUGCUAAUGGGAAAAGUGAGACGAUCAGGCAAGUGGACUCUCUUCCCAAGAAAACCGGCUGCAAUACAUCUAUCAGCUCCACUCUCAGCCUGGAGGAAUGGGAUGAUAUUAAUGAUUUUGACACAUCUGUAUCUCCACCUAAGAGCCAAAUUAAGAAAUUAUGUAAAACACCAGAGAAAUGCAACAAGAGGCCCAGUGUGACAUCUCCGAAAUCUCAGACUCUUCAAGUGACAUCUGUUAAUAAAGAGACUGUGAAAAACUGUGUAGAAAAAUGGCCUGAUCUGGUUCCUAUUUCCAGUUGUACAGAGACUGCAAAUCCGUCUUUAGAUAAAAGCUCAAAUGAUACCGAUGUGGUGGUCUGUGACGAAGUGAGUGAGCCGGAAGAAAUAAAUGUAGAUGAUGAGUGUGAUAUUGAUUUUAUUCCCCCGUCCCCUGCAGAUAGUAGCCUAUCUUCUCCUCCAGUGCUCAGAGGAAUCUGGGGCUCUACAGCUCAGAGUACCAUGUCCCCUCAGCUCUGGUCUGUGAUGAUGGAGAUCUGUGAUCUAGUGGACAGGAUUCCUGUGUCUGAGCUGCAUCGGCUAUCAUGCGGGAAGGAUCUUGAGAAGAAGAGGGACAUAAGGAAGCAUCUUUUGUCAAAUUUCUCAGGGCACAAGACUUCUGCUAUGGAAAGCCCUGCAUUGUCAUCUUAUCCUAGAAUGUCUUUUGCUAUGGAAGAUCCUGAAUUGUCACCAUAUCCUACAAUGUCUUCUACUAAAACAAAAAAUUACAUACAAAACUCUGUAAAUAUGCCUGCUGCAGACUCUACCUCUCAUCGACUGUUAGGGAAUGUGUUUAAAUUCAAGUCAUUCGGUGCCUCUGAUAAGAAGAUCCAAGACAGUUCUCUGGAUGGUAGCACCAAAUUUGGGAGCCAGACAGAAUUAAAAGCAUCAUUUUCCUGUGCAUCAGUUGAUACACCAAUAAAGGACUCAUCCAGUCUCCAGGAUUCUGUGUUCUUUGAGAGCAAAUUUAACACACCACACAACCAGAAACCAGUCACCACUAGUACUUGUGCUAGACCAUCUGCUCCUUCUCCAGAGGACUUGGGCAAUGAGGACCUGGACUUUGAUAUAGACAAUUUUGACAUUGACGACUUUGAUGAUGAUAUUCAGUGCAUUGAUAGCCCAGUAGCACCAUCUGCUGGCAAAGCUGUUCCAUCAGCAUAUCCUGCAAUACGGGAAGCACCACCAGUUACCAAGAGUAACUUCAGCGCAGUCUCUGUAAAAACUCCUAACACCAGUCAAAACUCUGGCCUAUCAGAUUCACUGUUAAAGCCACCAAUAGACAACUCCGCUCAUGAAAAAUUUCGGGGCUUCAACUUUCCUCACUCUAAAGAGAUGAUGAAGAUUUUCCACAAAAAGUUUGGGCUGCAUCGUUUCCGUACCAACCAGCUAGAAGCCAUCAAUGCCACCCUGUGUGAGGAGGAUUGCUUCAUUCUCAUGCCAACAGGUGGUGGAAAGAGUUUGUGUUACCAGCUUCCAGCCUGUCUCUCCCCUGGAGUUACUAUUGUGAUCUCUCCUCUUCGUUCCUUGAUAGUGGAUCAAGUGCAGAAGCUGACAUCUCUGGAUAUUCCUGCCACUUAUCUUACUGGUGAUAAGACAGACGCAGAAGCCUCCAGCAUUUACCUGCAGCUUUCCAAAAAAGAUCCAAUUAUAAAACUUCUCUAUGUUACUCCAGAAAAGGUCUGUGCAAGUAAUAGGCUUAUCACCGCUAUGGAAAACCUUUAUGAGCGCAAAUUGUUGGCACGGUUUGUCAUUGAUGAGGCUCACUGUGUCAGUCAGUGGGGUCAUGAUUUCCGCCCUGACUACAAGCGACUAAACAUGUUGCGUCAGAAGUACCCUUCUGCACUAAUGAUGGCGCUCACAGCAACUGCGAAUCCCCGUGUCCAGAAGGACAUUCUAAAUCAACUGAAAAUGACAAAACCCCAGAUAUUUUCAAUGAGUUUUAACAGGGACAACCUGAAGUACGAAGUGUUGCCGAAAAAACCCAAAAAGGUGGCCCAGGACUGUGUGGAGUGGAUUAAGAAGCAUCACCCAAAUGACUCUGGGAUCAUUUACUGCCUGUCACGACACGAGUGCGAUACUACGGCUGAGACUCUCCAGCGGGAGGGAUUGGCAGCUCUGGCUUACCAUGCUGGGCUCAGUAACCCUAACCGAGACUAUGUACAACAGCAAUGGAUAAAUCAGGAUGGAUGCCAGGUAAUCUGUGCUACAAUAGCAUUCGGAAUGGGCAUCGACAAGCCAGAUGUGAGAUACGUCAUUCAUGCCUCUCUGCCUAAAUCUGUGGAAGGAUAUUACCAAGAGUCUGGCAGGGCUGGUCGAGAUGGAGAGAUGUCACAUUGUCUGCUUUUCUACAGCUACAGCGAUGUGACCAGAAUCCGAAGGCUUAUACAGAUGGAGAAAGAUGGGAACAGGCAUACGAAACAGACGCACUUUAACAACCUGUACAGCAUGAUACAUUACUGUGAGAAUGUCCUGGAUUGCCGCCGGAUGCAACUUCUUGCUUACUUUGGAGAGACUACAUUUAAUCCUAAAUUCUGCAAAGAGAACCCCAGGGUGGCAUGUGACAACUGCUGCAGGACAACGCAAUACAAAUCUAGAGAUGUGACAGAGGAUGUGAAGAGUUUAGUAAGAUUUGUCCAAGAACAUUGCUCUUCUGGUUAUGGGAAAGGAAAAAAUUCUGGUAACCGCCUAACACUCAAUAUGAUGGUGGAUAUAUUUCUAGGCAGUAAAUCUGCAAAGGUCCAGACUGGUAUAUUUGGAAAGGGAGCAGCUUAUUCACGGCACAAUGCAGAGCGAUUAUUCCGGAAACUGAUUCUGGACCGAAUCUUGGAUGAAGAGUUAUAUAUUACAGCCAAUGACCAGGCUGUGGCUUAUAUGAAGACUGGAGAGCGAGCCCAAGCUGUUUUAAAUGGAUUCACAAAGGUUGAGUUCCAGGACACAGAGAAUGCCAGCAGUCUCCGGAAGCAAAAGGCAUCUGUUACGGCAGCUACAUCUCAGAGGGAGGAAAUGGUUAAGAAAUGCCAGGCCGAGUUGACUGACCUCUGCAAACGCCUGGGCAAAAUAUUUGGUGUACAUUACUUUAAUAUAUUUAACACAGCAACCAUAAGAAGGAUAGCAGAGUCUCUGUCUGCAGAACCGGACGUUUUACUCCAGAUUGAUGGAGUCACAGAAGAUAAAUUGGAGAAAUAUGGAGCAGAGCUAAUAGAUGUUCUCCAGAAAUAUUCAGAAUGGACUCUGCCAGCUGAUGAUACUGCCCAGAAGUCCAGUGCAAAGGCCAGCCAUAAUACAGGGAACUAUGACAGUGAUGAGGAAGAUGGCACUUCUACAUCCUCUUAUUUUAGAGGAAACAAAGAGAAGAAUGGUACAAAGCGUAAGACUGCUCCCUACUUCCGUAAAUCCAAGAAACGGAAAACUGGUGGAGAAGGUCAGCAGAACCGUGCCAAAGGUGGCAACAAUUCAAAAUCUUCCAGAAGCAAUGCAACCAGUAAAACAUUUUCAGAGUAUAGUAAUGAUUGCAGCAGUGUAUCAAGGCCAUCGGCGGUGAAAAGACCUGGGUUCAUGGCUCCGCCCAUGCCUCAGAACAACCGCCGCUUUCUGAAACCCUCAUUCACAUUCCUUUAAA